AUGCAGCUUGUCCACCUGCUUGCCGCUGGGCUCAUCCCUGCGCUUGUGUCGGCCCUGCUCCGUCGUGACGUUGACUGCCUCUUUGCUACAACCCCUGCUAACGGUGCUACAUGCCAGAGCUUUGCAAGCAAUUGGGGGCUGUCCGUAAGCGAGUUCCAGGAACUGAACCCUGGCACCACCUGCCCUGAUAUAGACACAAGCAAGGCAUACUGCGUCGUCGGCACUGUCACUGCAGAUGCCCCAGGCACCACGCUUACUACAACGACAUCCACCUCAACAACUACCACUCCUACGAAUACGACAACCACUACCCAGCCUCCGACCGCGGCCAAUCCGACUGUGCCUACCCCAACCAUGCCUGGUAUUGUAGACAACUGCGACAGCUUCUAUAAGGUCUCAUCGGGCGACCAGUGCGACAAUAUCUCUCAGAGGCAUAGCAUCACCACGGCUCAGCUCCGGAGCUGGAAUAGCGAGAUCAACACCGACUGUACAAACCUCUGGCUUGACUACUACAUCUGUAUCCAUGUUCCCGGCGCAACCACCACUUCUUUAACAACAACAACAACAACAAAUGCAAUUGUGACUGGUCCUACACCCCAACAAACUGGUAUCAUCUCGAAUUGCAACAAAUACCAUCUGGUUGAGUCAGGCGACGGUUGCGCCUCCAUCGCCAGCGCCUACGGCAUCUCACUAUCUAACUUCUACAGCUGGAACCCUGCUGUUGGGUCAUCCUGUGGAGCGCUGUGGCUAGGAUACUAUGUCUGCGUUGGGACUUCAUCCUCCCAACCAACCCCAACAAGUACAACAAGCCAAACAACCACCGCCACCGCCACAACAGCACCGGGCCCCUCCCCCACGCAGUCCGGUCUAAUAAAAACCUGCACAAGCUACUAUAAGGCACAAGUAGGGGACACGUGCCAAGCGAUAGUGCAAGAAAAGUACCCCUAUGUGAAUUCCCUGACCCUUUUUGUGCGCUGGAACCCGGCCGUCGGGUCUAGCUGCUCGAACCUGCUGGCUGGGUACUACUACUGUGUCGCGACAGAACUCCACCAGCCCAUGCCAGGGAUUAAUGGCAGGUUGGAAUUAGAGAGGAACCAAUCAGUAAUGGCAGCCAGCCCGGUGGGCCGACCCGGCCGACGCAAGUCUGAAAUCGUGGCCGAGGUCAUGAUUUCGCGAAAAUGGCCAUCGAUUGUUCCCAGGACACCCUCUUUUGUUGAACACUUUCGACCAUUUGUCCAUCUUUCAAGCCUCACUUUCCAGAGGCCGCCUCCUGUUGAUUCCUUGUUUGUCUAUCUCAGUCUUUUUGCGGCUGGUCCGCUGAAAUGCGAUCUGUUUGUCUCUGCCUUCCUUGUUAUUGAAGUGGAUACUCACGCUAGUCAGUUGGUCAACCAGUUUGGUGGGAGGCUGAUUCGAUUAAUAUCGCUCUAUGUUGAACAGAGUUCGAGUGUGUUGGAAGGAGCGAAAAAAGGGGGCCAUAUUCGAUGGCACAUUUUAGCAGAAGAUCAGACGCAGUUAUCGUCGAAUUAUCGCGACGGAUGUCUGAAGACAUAUUCCAUCAAGUUCUGGCUAGAUGAAUCAGUGCAAGGAGUGGUUCCCAGUGUUCUAGACAAGUCAGAACUUCGCAAGUUUGGUCGGGAUCUCGGGGUUGGCCUCGACGAAAUCCGGAAACUGCGCCUGGACCAGGUAGUCUGGGUUUGUCAAUGGCUUCAGGACGCCGGAAUGAUCGAAUGCUUUGAGGUGCAGGAGAACCAAGCAACAGCCGAGGUGAACCCUUUAGAACCAUUAGGUCUCUGCCCUCCGUGUUGUGUAUGCCCUCGUCCAGCGAUGGCCCAAUGCCUCAGUCUCUCGCUUCGAGGCCAUCCACAACCAAAUUGCUAUAUUGUGCCAGGACAAGAAUUUUUCCUGGACCAGGAAGAUAGGGGCGUCAAUUUCUGCAAGUGA